AUGAAGUUCUCCCUCGCCCUUCUCGCCCUUGUGCCCGCUGUGGCCCUUGCUGCUCCCCUUGAGCCCCGUCAGGGCGGUGUCGCCGUCAACUGCGGUGGUAAGUCUUACAGCGCCUCGCAAGUCAACCGUGCGAUCAACAACGCAGAGAGCGGCAACUACGACAGCUCGAGCUACCCCCACAAGUACAACAACUACGAAGGUUUCGACUUCUCUGACUACUGCCCCUCGGGAACCUUCCAAGAGUACCCGCUCAAGUCUACUUCGUCUGGCUACACUGGCGGCUCGCCUGGUGCGGACCGCGUCGUGUACAGCACUCAGAACGGCAACUUCUGCGGCGCUAUCACCCACACCGGCGCUUCGGGCAACAACUUUGUUCAGUGCGACUACUAA